AUGCGUACCUCAUUCCUUAUUACCUUGGCUGCUGUUGCCACUGCUGUUUCUGCUGCCCCUGCUCCUCUUGAGAAGAGAGCUGCUUCUGCCAAGCUUAUUGAGACCUGUACUGUUCCCGGUACCAUUGCAUUGACUUUCGAUGAUGGACCAUACGAAUAUACUUGGGCCUUGGCUGAAACCCUCAAGAAGGAGGGUGUUACUGCCACUUUCUUCAUGAAUGGUCAAAACUGGGUUGAUGUUAACACUCAAUCUGUAAAGACCCCUGCUGGUACCAAGACUUAUAAGCAAGUUAUCAAGCAUGUUUACGACUCUGGUCAUCAACUUGCCUCUCACACUUACAGCCAUCUUGAACUCGGUGGCCAAAGUGCUACCAAGGUCAAGUCUGAAAUGCAAAAGCUCGAAAAGAUCUUCCGUUCUAUCAUUGGCAAGAACCCCACCUACAUGCGUCCUCCCGCUGGUUCUUACGAUACCACCACCCUCAAGACUCUUGGUGAGCUCGGCUACACUGCUGUUCUUUGGGAUAUUGACAGCAACGAUUGGAGAUACAGCGAUAUUUCCAGUCUCUCUCACGAACAAAAAAACUACAAGGAUGUCAUUGAGAAGGAUUCCAAGACUAACCCUCAUGGCCACAUUGCUCUUCAUCACGAUGUCUACCAAAAGACUGCCGAACAGUUGGUUCCUUGGGUCAUCUCUUACAUUAAGAGUAAGAAGAACUACAAGUUUGUCUCUGUUGCUGAAUGUCUUGGUAAGACCAAGGGUAGCGCUUACCGCACCAAGGCUUAA